AUGGACUUCCCAAAACCAGAACACUUGAAUCUUGACGGCAAUCUGAAAGAGAAUUGGAAAAGAUUCAAAUCACAUUUCGAGAUUUAUUCGACUGCAACAAAAACUGAUGGUGAGGAUGAAAAAAUACAAGUGGCAAGAUUUCUGAGCUGUGCGGGCACAGAAGCUAUAGAACUCUUUCAUACCUUUGAGCUUAGUAGUGACGAGCAAAAGAAAAUUGAAAAAGUUAAAGCUAAGUUUGAGGAAUACUGUAAUCCGCGAACGAAUGUGGUAUAUGAAAGGUACCGAUUUUACAUGAGAAAUCAAAAGGAAGGUGAACCUUUUGACCAUUUCUUGAAAGAGAUAUCAACUCUGGUAGAAAGCUGUAGCUUUGGAGAUGAAAAGAAGUCCAUGCUGAGGGACAGAAUCGUCAUUGGAAUAGCAGACCAUAGCAUUCAAGCACAACUUUUGAAAACGAGUGAGUUGACCUUAGAAAAGGCAGUGGACACGUGUCGAGUGGCGGAGAUGACAGGAGUGCAAAGCAAAAUCAUGCAAGGAGAGGCAGUAUCAGGGAGAACAGCAUCCGCAGUGGAUGCAAUUGGAAAAGAAGGGGGAAGUAGAAACAAGGCAGAAUACCAUCCUAAAAGUAGUAAAAAUAGUGUUCCUUCUAAUUUCAGAUGUAAAGAGAAUGCACAGCAGUUAGAGAAAUGGGGCGAGGGAAGGGGACAGUUCAGCAAAAUCAAAUGCACAUUUUGUAGCUACACACAUUUGAAGGGCAAGUGCCCAGCGUAUGGAAAAAAAUGUGCCGCGUGUGGAAAAGUUAAUCACUUUGCAUCAAUGUGUAGGAAACAAAAACUUGUGAGUGAUGUUGCGGUUUUGCAAGAAGAUGAUGAUUACGAUAGUGAUGAAUUAUUUAUUGAUGCAAUUAAGUCGUAUAAAUCGAAAAACACGUGCUGGACUAAGUCUUUGACAGUAGAAAAUACAGAGGUGAUUUUUAAGCUAGACACAGGGUCGCAGGUAAACAUUUUGCCAAGGAAAUUGUUUGACAAAAUAAGAACUCAGAAUAGGCUCAAGAAUUAUGCUGUGAAAUUGGAAGCUUACGGGGGUUUUAGACUUGAGGUAGUUGGAGCGGUAGAGUGUGAGGUUAAGGACGGAAACAAAAAAUAUAAUAUGCAGUUCGUAGUGGUGGAAAAGGGAUGUCAGGCAUUGCUAGGUUUGGAAUCAUGCAUGGAAUUAGGGCUAGUGGCUCGUAUAGACAGUAUAAGUCAAAGUAUGAAAGAGAAGUUUAUAAAAUUGAAUGAAGAUAUAUUUGAGGGAUAUGGAUUUUUCCCAGACGAAUGUCGAUUAGAGCUUAAAAAAGAUGCACAACCAGUGAACAGGCCACCAAAACGUAUACCCCUAAGCUUAAGAGAAAAAGUUAAGGAGACAUUAGGUAAAAUGGAAAAAAGGGGUGUAAUUUCAAGAGUUAAUGGGCCAUGUGAAUGGUCUCAUCAGAUGGUAGUAAUAGAGAAGAGGGAUGGGACCUUAAGAAUUUGCCUUGAUCCAAAAGAGUUGAAUGCGGCUAUAAAAGAUGAAAGGUGCAUGCUACCUACAUUUGAAGACUUUAGAAAUGCAAUGAGAGAUUACCAAAUAUUUACGGUAUUAGACUUCAAAGAAGGAUUUUGGCAGCUUAAACUGGAUGAGAAGUCAAAGAAGUUGACAGUAUUUAGUACACCAUACAGUGGAUGCUAUAAUUUUAAUGUGUUGCCGUUAGGAGUAAAAGUAGCAGCAGAGAUAUUUCAAAAAAUAAACAACAAAUAUUUUGGGGCAUUGCCAGGAACAUUUGUUUUUGUAGAUGACUUGAUAAUAGGUGGGAAAAACAGUGAGGAACAUGAUGAAAACCUGAGUAGAGUACUGCAGAGAGCCAGGGAGUUAGGAAUUAAAUUUAACAAAAAGAAGGUGCAGUUUAGAGUGGAAAAAGUAAGGUACUUGGGACAUAUAUUUUCAGCUGAAGGUACGACUCCAGAUCCG